GAAAUGAGUUUCAGGGCUGCUGCUGAGGUGGGGGAGGGGUGUCAGGAGAAGGAAUGGGAGGCGCCUUCUGAGGGGGAGGUUGGGAUGAGACAGGUAGAGGGAUGAGGGUUAGAACGAGGCCACUGAGGCCCUUCACCUGGUUGUUUGGGGCUGACCCUAGUCUUUGGGGCCACAGUGGCAGGGCUGGGCUUUGUCUUGUUUCCUAGGCCACAAGGGUCCCUGGGGCUUAUGUGGAAAGCAGGUUUGGCCUUGUUUUUUGGCCUGGGCACAUGAGGUUCAGGGAGCAGCAGGAGUGCCACCUACAGUGGAGUUUUAGGUGCACUGAGGGAGGAUUUCAAUCUGAGAGAUUUUAAUUUCGUAGAACCACUGGUGUAGUUCAGGGAUUUGGGAAGGAAUGGACCUUUUGUGAAUUACCUGUCUGGGGGGAUUAAUUUUAUUUUUUAAAAUGCCAUUUAUCUUCCUUUCCUGGGUGUGUUCUCAGGCUCCCAUCUCUAUGGGUUGGGUUACCAAUAGCUUCCACACAUCAGGUGAGGCCAGGCUCUCUUCUCCUGCUUCAGGACCUCAUAUGCACAGACCCUUUUGCUUGUUUUUAAGGCAAUGCUUUGUUCCAAAUCUGGGGCUGAGUUAAGCUGCCUCAGGACAGGUGUCCACAUCUGUCAGGUUCUGUCAGAUUACCAAAUAAUAACCAUCCAUCACGAUAGUUCUACCUUACCUUUGCAGAAUGCUCACAGAGCACUUCAGCAUAAUCUCUAUUUAGUCUUCCACAGCCAUCCAGUAGGGGAUUACCCCACUUCUCAGAUGGAGAAAGCUGACACUCAGAGAGGUGAGGAUGUUUCCUCAAGGUCACGGAACUAGCCCUUACAUGCUCUUUACUGUAUCAUUGGCAACCACUGAUGAUGUCAAUCCCUCUGACCUGAGUGAGGGGCCUAGUCCUUUAUCAUCUCUUACAAUUAAAACUCCAUCUUAUAAAAACACUGAUUAAAAAUAUGCAUAAUUGCUUAGGCCAGACAAAACCUGGAACUCAGUGUUACUCGUCCUUUUAGUAGGGCUGUUUUUCUGUCUCCUCCCUUCUCCUGCCUCCUUUGAUCCCCAUGACCCCGCCCAACAUGGAUCUCAGUCAUUUCUGAACAGAAUGUAGAGUCAGUAUCCCAAGGAAGGAGACCAGGGAGGCCAUCUGGCCCACCCAGCCCACCAAAGCUUGGCUCUUUCACUUCCCAUUUGGUUUUAAACGAAAGCCUGGUACAGAAGGCAGUUGCAAGAAUUCGAGUUAAUUUGUAUUAGAAGCCGUGACCAAAUUCUGUUUGUCAAAACCUGCACCUUCUUAACUCACUGGGUGUGUCCAUUUUUAUUGGACCAACAGGCUGCUUUUUGGCUGUCUGUGGUCUAGGAGUCCGUGCAUGACUGGUUCAUUUCCAACAUAAUCAUAUUUGAUUUCUCUUUUUCAUUUCAGAAUCCAGAAUUCAAAGUUGUCUCCCUCAAUUUGAAAACCUAUUAUGAACUUGUCAUGAUUUUAUCUCCCACUUCUCUGAUUAGCCUCCCUGUCACUUUGAUUUCCUUCCAACCUUGUCACAUUUUUCUUUUGUCUUUUUUUCUUAAUUUACCCUUUCUUGGAUAUCCAAUCCACGUGUAUAACUUUUGGGCUGAAACAAUUAGGUGGGAUCCCGUCCCCACUGAUUGAUCAGUUUUGCUUUGAAUGGGAGCAGGCUUUCUUCUACAGCUCCACCCCUCUCUUCCCUCCCAGAAAACCUGCCUUAAGUCUUCUCUGCUUAUUCAGGGAUAGAAGUCUCUUGAAAUGGUUGCUCUGAAAAAGGUCCUGAAAAGACAGCUCCAGGCCCUCUCUUUUUGAGAAACCUGAAGGGAGUCUGUUUACAAACCCAGCCUUCUUCAUUCAUUAUACACAGCUUCCUAUGGCUCACUGUCUGCCUGCUCCUGUAUUGGUCCCCGAGAUCUAGAAAUGAAUCAGACACAAUCCCUGCCCUGAACAAGCUCACGGUAAUAAUGAAUGCCUGCUAUGUGCCAGGAGCUCUACAAGACACUUUCAAAUGUUACCUCUGAUCUUCACCAAAGAGGCAGCUUUUUCCUUAUAUACAGUGGAGGACACUGAGGCUGGGAGAGGUUGAGUAACAUGGCUAAAGUCACACAUCACUGCAGUGGGUGGCAGAGCUGGGAUUCAAGCCCCGGGCUGGGUUGCUGUGGAGAAGCGCAGCUGGAGGGGACAGGACAGGAGAACACAAAAGUUCUUGGCCUGAGGAAUCAGCCCUUUCCUAAGAUAUCAGGAAGGGUCAGAAACUCCAUUUCCUCCCUGUAGCCUCUCUCCGGCAGAUGGUAAUCCCACAGCCCAUUCUGAAUUAACCCUGGGGAUACAUCAGGCCUCAGAGCUUAUGGAGAGCAUCCUAGGAAACCCAGGCACGGAUGAGGGUCUGCUGCCACCUCUAAAGGAGACCAUUGCUCCUGGUUCAAGCACCAGGUUAUAACUGGAGAAUAGAAUGGGCUCUUGACAUUCAUGGAUGGAUCAGGACUCCGAGAGAGAUAAGGAAAAGGGGAAGGAAAAGCUGGAGGAAGACGAGGCUGCAGCAGCCAGCACCAUGGCCGUCUCUGCCUCCCUCAUGCCACCCAUCUGGGACAAGACCAUCCCAUAUGAUGGCGAGUCUUUCCACCUGGAGUACAUGGACCUGGAUGAGUUCCUGCUGGAGAAUGGCAUCCCUGCCAGCCCCACCCACCUGGCCCAGAACCUGCUGCUGCCUGUGGCUGAGCUAGAAGGGAAGGAGUCGGCCAGCUCCUCCACGGCGUCCCCACCAUCCUCCUCCACCGCUGUCUUUCAGCCCUCGGAAACCGUGUCUAGCACAGAAUCCUCCCUGGAAAAGGAGAGGGAGACACCCAGUCCCAUCGACCCCAACUGCGUGGAGGUGGAUGUGAACUUCAAUCCCGACCCUGCCGACCUGGUCCUCUCCAGUGUGCCGGGCGGGGAGCUGUUCAACCCUCGGAAGCACAAGUUUGCAGAGGAGGACCUGAAGCCCCAGCCCAUGAUCAAAAAGGCCAAGAAGGUCUUUGUCCCCGAUGAGCAGAAGGACGAAAAGUACUGGACGAGACGCAAGAAGAACAACGUGGCGGCCAAGCGGUCUCGGGACGCCCGGCGCCUGAAGGAGAACCAGAUCACCAUCCGGGCGGCCUUCCUGGAGAAGGAGAACACAGCCCUGCGGACGGAGGUGGCGGAGCUGCGCAAGGAGGUGGGCAAGUGCAAGACCAUUGUGUCCAAGUACGAGACCAAGUACGGGCCCUUGUAACCCGUGCCCCCACCCGGGCACGCUGCCUCACCUCAGACCUCUGCCUGGGACCCCUGAAACCCACCCCUGCGUGGAGACUUAUGACUCGUCGUGGGCGCAUGGCGGUGCACCUGCCCCAGGAGCCUUCACGUUCAAGCUUCAUUAUCACAUGGCCAGCACGGCGACUUCCCUGGGGGCCAGCCUCCUCCCUGGCGGGUUGCGAGAGAAUCUAUGAGGUGGUGACUCAGCCUUAGUCUCUGUUCUUGGCUGUCUCAGUUGGACCGGAAGGGGACCUCUGGAGCAUGGGCUCUUCUUUUCCAGGGUACCCAGGCUUCCCUGACUCUCCCUGCUUCUCCAGCCUGGGCCGUCCUGGCCUGUCUCUGCAGAAUGAGUCAUGAUGGCUGUCGCCCUUACAUCUUCUCAGGUAGCAGGGCGCAUUUCCAGGCAGGGAGGGUCUGUUGUCCUCCCGAGAAAGUCUUAGAGAAAAACAUGCGUUCCCAUCUUCCUCAAAGGUAAAAAGACAUGCCAGCUCCUCUGUAGUGUCCACGUGGGUGCCAGGCCGCAGCGGCUGGGUGUCUGCACAGCCUGGGACAGGCUUUGCGUCUGGGCCUGCAACAGAAGUGCACCCAACCAUUCCUGGCUCCCUCACCCCUUUUCUCUGUGGCUCCGAGGCCUGGAAGGAGGAGGCCCUGGUGAGGGGUUCCCUCUGCGUUGCAUCCGCCGUUGGUUGGGGAGAGACUCCCAGGGUGGUGGUCUCUGAGCCUUGGUCGCCGUGCAUAUCUCCUCUUCUGCAGGUCACUUGUGGAGGCCGCCUAAGUCAAAUUUGUCCCACCAGACUGGGCCUCUGGGCCUGCUGUUUCUUUUCAUCCAGUGACCAAGCUCAGAUCUUGGAUUUAAAAGAAAAAGUCUCCUCGUCUAGGAAGCUUAACUUCCUGGAGCUGGGAUGCACCUUCUGCAUGGUGUUCAGAAAACCGGUCUCCACAGCCCCUCACGCUGUAGGUGGGGAGCUGGGGCAUGUUUCUCGAGAAGCUCCCGCUCUUUCUUGCUCUGCUUUCCCGUGUGGGCCAGGCUCGAGUCCACUGUCCCUGAAAAGCAGAAGAGGGCUUCCCAAUUCUGGCUUCAGGAUCCACCCCAUGCGAGCGGCCUGGAGGGCGUCACCAGGCAGGACACCUGGUCACCUGGUCGCAGCACAACUCUUUUGGAACAGCAGGCUCUUGGGACAUUUACAUAGGCUAGAGUCCCCUCAAUCUGGGUCCCAGGAGACAGCCACCCAUGCAAGCCUGGCUGUGGUGUGGUGCGGAGGGGCCCACCUCCCAGCUGCUCCUUUCUCUUGUGUCCAGCUGGACUCGUCCUUUGGCUCUGCCCGAGAGAUUAAUUACGGAGAUCCGUGGAAGCGUCUGCUCGCUGCGGUCAGCUGGGGCACCCAGAGAUGGGCGUAUUUAUUUGCUCAGGGCAGGCAGCCUGUGGUAAGGAGGGGUCAGAGGUAAUGGGCACACUUUGUCACAUUCACCACUGGCUUUAUUUAAAGUGGUGGCUUGGAGUCCUGGGCCUUGACCCCUAAAGACUUUUCAUAACAGAUGUUAAGAGCAGGGGAAGCCAUCCACUGGCCGUGGACCACACCCCAGGGGAACGCCACGGCCCUCCAGGGACCUGCACACCCGUCUCUCCAGGGGACUUGACAAGGGUCCCUGAGGCCAAGGGAUGUCAGCGCCCUCCCUGCAGGCCCCUGACUUUUACUUUGUGGUUCUAUGAAAACCGUGUUCACACUUUUCACUCUAUUGUAACCACGACAGGGCAGUUGCAUCCGGCAUGUCAGUGUCCCGCCCAGGCACACUCCCUCUGGUCUGGCCACCCACCAAGAGGGCACUUCUCAUUUUCGUUACUGGUAGAAGAGCCACCAGCUUAAAAGCUCUUCAUUUUCUUUGGCCAGAAGUGUAUGGUUUGUGUUUUUUUCAGUUUUUUUCCCUAAGGGAUGGACACUUAGUCUCCGGGUGGCGUCCACUUUCCGACCCCAGCGGGUGAGAUGAUGACUUGAUGUCUCUUCUCUUUGUCCCACCUUCUGCCUGGCCAGUGCCCUCCCCUUUUACACCCCCCCGCCGCCAGCCAGUGGGUGUCUGGUUCUCUCCUUACUUGGGAAGAGUGUGGUGCUGGCUUCUUUUAGAAGAGCCCCUUUGAGCCAGGAGCCUGGCAGGGACAGGAAGGAGAUAUCCGUGGAGGUUGACAUUUUGGGGAAAAGGGUGCUCAGGUAAGCAUGUCUUCUUCCCAGGCUUAAGGAUCAAGCCCUUGCAGGAGGAGAGGGUGGUGCCUACUCAGUUUCCAUUGUGGAGUUGGGAGUCUCCUUGACUCCCCGCUGGACCCUCUCUGUCUUGGGGCUGACAGCCAAAGACUGAGGCACCUAUGCUCAGAUCUUUGACAUCCUCUAAAAAGCACUGGAGACUAGAGACGCCAAUGUCAAUGGCUUUCUAUGGGCUUGCAGUGGGCUGGGAAGCGCCAUCCCUACUUACACACCCUGUCUUCAGCCUCAUUGCAACCUCAGAACAGACAAAUCAUGAAUGAAUGAGCUAGAAUCUUGCAAGAAUAUGCAUAUAAUAAAUGUAUAUCUAGAUAGAGAAAUAUAUAUAUUCAGAGAGAGAGAGAGAGCUUUCACAAUGGCCAGCAGCCUUGUGGAGGACCUGGGUAAUUCUUACCCUUGGCCAAAGGAAAGGGUUUGCCUGCCUGGGUCCUGAGUUGCGGAAGGCACGUAGUAGUGAACCUUGACUCGGUAAGCAUCACCCUAGUGAGGGGACCUGCUGUGGCCCUGGCAGGCAGCUCCUGCUUGAGGUGGGGUGGCAGGCAUGGGGGCCGGCAGAAAAGGGCCCCUUCAUGCUGUGUAGCUCUCCAUCCAGGGCCCUGGGAGCAAAGGGCUGAAAGCCCCUGUUUUUCAUGGCAAAGCCCCACCCCAGAGCUCCUUUAACGUCUGUUAAUUAAGUGCAAUAAAUUUUUCUAGAAAAUGGCAAAGAUGACUUCCAGGUGGAUAUUGCUGUCUUACAGUGUUGGGGAUGCCAGAACACCACUUGGUUUUAUUUUUCUAAGUGCAUGUGACGUGACAGAGUGUGUGGGGCUCUGCGUCCUCCCCUGGGAGCUGGCAUUCCAGCAGGCCUCUCUCUCCUUUACCUUUGCUGGGGAAGGAGGCAAGGCGCAAACCCUUCUUCCCAGCCGGUGAGGGCAGAGGCAGAGCGUAGCCCACUGGCCUUAUGUGCGUGUGUGCGUGCGAGUGUGCCACUGCCGGUGGGCCGGAGUGAUGUGGCAGGAGGGAAGCGGGGAAUGUAUCCUUUUCAAACGAAAUUAAAUAUUUUGAGAUGAGAA